AUGGCGAAUGGACUAAAUGAUACAAAUAUAUGUCUUAUCCCGAAGGUAACGAAGCCCAAUGCGAUGACUCAGUUCAGACCCAUUAGUCUGUGCAAUGUCAGCUACAAGAUAAUCUCUAAAGUCUUAUGUCAGAGGUUAAAGAAAGUGCUUCCUGGUUUGAUAUCGGAAACCCAGUCAGCCUUUGUUGCUGGGAGACAGAUUUCUGAUAACGUCAUGAUUGCUCAGGAGAUGUUUCACGCUCUGAGAACCAAACCAAGUGGGCGCAAUAAAAGGAUGGCCAUCAAGACAGAUAUGAGCAAAGCAUAUGACAGGAUGGAAUGGUCCUUUAUCGAAGCUGUUCUGCAUAAGAUGGGAUUCUCAGAGAUCUGGACCAGCUGGGUCAUGCGAUGUAUUACAUCGAUUAGUGUAAUUGCUAGACAGGAGAUAAAAGAUGUGCUUGGGAUACAGAAUGAAGGAGGAAUGGGAACUUAUUUAGGCAUUCCCGAAGACAUAAGUGGUUCUAAAUGCAAACUUUUUGCAUUCUUGAAGGAUAAGCUGAUGCAUAGAAUGAAUGGAUGGACAGGUAGAUGGCUUUCGAAAGGUGGAAAAGAAGUGUUGAUUAAAUCCAUUCUGCUCGCUCUCCCGACAUACGUCAUGUCGACCUUCCUUCUCCCAUUGGAGAUAUGUGAAAACUUAGCUAGUGCUAUCGCUCAGUUUUGGUGGAGCUCGAAUCCACCAAAAAGAGGGAUUCACUGGGCGAAAUGGGACAAGGUUUGCUUAUCCAGAGAAGAGGGAGGGAUUGGUUUUCGCAUGAUCCAUGAGUUUAAUCUGGCAUUGUUGGCAAAACAACUAUGGAGAUUAGUACAAUUCCCUGAUUCUCUGGUGGCCCGUGUGCCACGGGGGAGAUAUUAUAGGCUGAGUUCUCCACUAAGAGUAAACGCUGCUACUGGCCCAUCCUAUGUGUGGACAAGCAUUUCUGCUGCAAGGAAUCUGCUAUUAUUGGGCAUUCGACAGAAGAUACACUCUGGAUAUGAGGUUAAGGUUUGGGAGGAUCCAUGGAUUCCAACGAAUCCCGCGAGGCCAGCUGCCCCAAUGGCACCAGUGAUGCAUCCUAAUAUGCGAGUAAGCGAUCUUAUUAAUCAGGAAUCGAAGGAUUGGGAUGUGGGCUUACUGGAGAACUAUGUUCAUCCUGAUGACAUACCAUUCAUUAGGAGUUUGGUCAUAAGCUCAACUCAUCGUCGAGACUCUUACUGCUGGAACUUCACAAGGAAUGGUCAGUACACGGUCAAGUCUGGAUAUUGGGUGGCUCAGAAUUUAUUGAAUAAAACAGAGGAAAGGGAAGUUUUGGACCCAAUAACAAGGAACCUGGUAAGACACAAUAUGAGAUGUGAUAACUACUGCCCAAGAUGUGGAGAAGCAGAGGAGACUGUCACACAUGCAAUUUUUGAAUGCCCACCAGCUCUUCAAGUUUGGUCUUUAGCUUCAACUCCGACAAGCCCGAACAUCUUUCCAGUAUCAAGCAUCUACACGAAUAUGGAUUAUCUCUUUUGGAGGAAAAAUAACAUUAUUGAGCCUGAUCGUGAUAUGGACCCUUAUCCCUGGAUAAUAUGGUACAUUUGGAAGGCUAGGAAUGAGAAACUCUUCAGGGGCAUAGAUCGAGAUCCUUUGGAGUUAGUCCGACAUGCGGAGAGCGAAUGUCAAGCCUGGUUUGAUGCUAAUGAUGUGGUACAACCUGUAACACAAGCUAAUACAAAUGAGGAGCCCCAAGCCAUAAGCUUGGGAAAUAUUUGCUUGCUAGAUGGAUCUUGGACGUCUUCUGCUAACUUUAGUGGAUGUGGAUGGGCGUGGAUGGAUGGAUCUGGGAAUGCACAGCUUAUGGGGACAAGGAAUUUCCCUCGGCGUGAAUCAGCUUUGCACUCGGAAGUAGAGGCACUGCGAUGGGCGAUGGAGAAUAUGCUGCAACAUUCGAACUGCCAGAGCUUCGGGACAGAUUGUAAGGAACUGAUAGCAAUGGUGAGGGAACCUCAGGCGUGGCCAAGCUUUGCGACGGAAUUGGAGAGGAUAGAGACGCUACAGAUAUGCUUUCCGGAUUUUAAAAUCGUUCACGGAAUGACUAACUCGUACCAUUAUUAA